AUGAACCUUUAUGCACUAUACGUAAACUCUGUGGCUUUCAUGCUACUGUUUGCCUCUAGAUAUUCAUGCUUAGAAGAUAUUUUGAUAGAAAACGAACUUGCUGGACCGGAAGCUGAGCCGCAAUCUCCAGAUGCGGCCCCGAGCACUUCCGAGGAAUUCCAGCGUUUCCAGGACCCUAACUUGUACAAUAAUGGCUUCGUCGACCCCAAAACGCAAUUUUCUGACACAGAAUUACCAGGUUCGGAACCUGUCAAGAAUCCUACAGACGUCAGAUUCUACGCCCUCGAUCCCAAUGAUGGAAGCAAGGUCGUAGAAAUCCCCUCCGACAAGUACAAAGUCAGGCAGAACUCAAUCAACCCUUUCAAGUUCGAGUACGAGUUGGCUGACGACGCUCACUGUAUUAAGGUAAAGUGCGACGGCUCCACGAUUUGGAGGUCCGGCGACUUUCGGAUCACCGAGGCCAAGUUUGUCAUUUUCAGCACGAAGAGCGACAGGAUCACCAUUCGCGACCACGAGCGGUACGUCACCUACCGUCUCGUCGACGACACUAUGGACCAGGCCGAAACUCCGCUUCCUGCCAAGGACGAGCUUACCGAGCCAGGCCUUCCUUCUCUAUCCUCCGUUACCUACGUCACCCACGUCUCUGAGCCCGUUAAGGUUUCCACCCACAGAGUUCAGCCUUCUACAGUGGUCUUUAUGAUUUCUCUUUUCUCUCUACUGGUGCUGAUGACCUUAAUGUUGGUUGGAUUACUACUUUUGGUUGUGCGUCUUUAUAGAGUCGUGGACCAGAUAAAGUUCGAUUUUGGUGCUACUGAAACAAAGGUGGUACUUUAG